GCCCCAUCUCCACCUAACCUACUCCCGACUGCACUGCAUCGUCCCGCUCCCGCAGACGCCACUUCAAGCCAACCGAGCAGCGCUACCGCCAACUACCGACAGUCAGCAAACAUGACAUACAAGCUUCUCACCACGCUGGCUUUCUUCCUCACACUCUCGCCUACUUUGGCCCUUCCAACGCAACAAGCCAGCGCCGCAAAGCGCGAAGCAGCCGAUGCCACAGCGGCCGACGAGCUCAUAACCUGGGCCUACGACCGGACCACCAACACGCAGGAGAAGAAGAGGGAAGCCGCUGACGCUACUUCCGCCGAUGAGCUCAUAACCUGGACAUACAACCAUAACACGAAUACGCAGGAGAAGCGCGAAGCUGAAGCUGCGGAGGACGUCUCAGCCGACGAGCUUGUGACGUGGUUGUAUGGACAGAACACGAAUAACCAGGGCCAGACUUGAAGGGAGAGGUAUGAAGCGUUGGUGACUGGUAUGCGAAAGCUCGUGCGGAGUUGAAGGUAAUCGUGUGGGGCGUUCUAGUUCAGGUUGGGUUCGGUUCGAUACUAUGGCACCUGGAGUCGUGGAGCAGGCGCGUUCUCUGGUGGAUCGUUGGUUAACUAGGGCAUUAGCAGAC